AUGGCAACGACGGCGGCCGAGCCGCGGGAACCGGCGGACGUCGCCGCCCUGUCCACGCUCCCCGACUGCCGCGGCCACCGCAGCAACGGCAACGGCAACAACAACAACAAUAACAACAACAACAAAGACAGCGAGGCGACAGAGAGCCCCGCGGGCGAGACCGAACCCGGGACCGCGUCGCAGAGCAUCGGCAACGGCUCGGUCAUCAACCCCACCGGGGGGAGCAACGGGAAGUGGGUCCGGCUGAACGUCGGCGGCACCGUGUUCCUCACGACGCGGCAGACCCUCCUCAAGGAGCAGACCUCGUUCCUGUACCGGCUGUGCCAGCAGCAGGACCUGCACUCAGACACGGAUGAGUCGGGGGCCUAUGUGAUUGACAGAGACCCCACCUACUUCGGUCCCAUCCUCAACUACUUGCGGCACGGCAAACUGGUCUACAACAAGGAGCUGGCUGAAGAAGGUGUCCUGGAGGAGGCUGAGUUUUACAACAUCACACCCCUGAUCAAAUUGAUCAAGGAGAGGAUCCUGGAGAGAGACUCCAAAGCCACGCAGCAGGUGCCCCCCAAGCACGUCUAUCGGGUGUUGCAGUGUCAGGAGGAGGAGCUGACCCAGAUGGUCUCCACGAUGUCGGACGGCUGGAAGUUUGAGCAGGUCAGCGUGCGCACCUGCAGAAAGCCCCGCACCGGACUGCUCUGGACUAUGGUGAACAUCGGCUCGUCGUACAGCUACGGAACAGAAGACCAAGCCGAGUUCCUGUGUGUCGUGUCCAAGGAGCUUCACACGCCUGGGUCUGGACUGGGGACAGAGCAGAGCCACAAAACGAAGCCGGCGGAGCUGCAGGAGGAGGAAGCAGCGAAGGAUGAGGAGGAGGAGGAGGAGGGAGGGAGAGAAACCACACCAAAUGAGUGGCUUAGAGAAUGAGGGAGUCAUGUUGCUUUGUUCCAAAGAGAGGUGGGAUUGGCUUUUCCAGAUCCACGGGUCACGGAUGUAAAAUAUCUCGAGAACUUUACUUAUUUUCCUCGGAGGCUCAUUACAACUUUCUGUACAUUAUGUCGUGUGUUGUGUGUCGCGUCAACGGGCCGUCAUCAAAAACUGAGUUGUAGCGUUUUUAUCAGUUGGCUGACAGAAUUACAGAUUACCAAAAAAAAAUUUAGUGAGAUUUUAUUGUUAAAAAAAUAAAUCAUGUGUGCAGAUGUUAUAUUGCUAAGUAGUGGAGCUUAGUAAAUUAUAACCAAAGAUCCAGAUGAAAGCAGACUGAACCAUGGUGCUUAACUAAGAUCACCUUGAUCCUGAUUGGGUUUGCAGCGAGGAGCGGUUGCCGCAUCACCGCGAUCCAGCCGACAUUGGAGGUUGCAAAUAGAUCAGAAUGCAUCCGUUUUGUUUUCAGACAUGGACUCCAGAGGACGUCUGCAGAACUGGGUGCGCACGCACUCCGGAGUUCGCCUUUCACAAAUGAACAAUACAGCAGGAGAUUCUCUACCCACAAAAAAAAUAAAUGUCCAGAGCGUUAGCUGAGGGGUCACUUUUAAAUUCCGCUCCGGACAUCACGUUUUUGUUUACAUCACAUCGACAACAACGUUGGCCCUUAUCCCUGCUGUCUUCUCGUUUGAUUGCACGAGGCACGAGAUCUUGACAGAGUGCACUGCAUACAAAGCUUGUCUCUCUACCUCUUUGAGUCUUAAGCCCAUUUUCCUGCAGUAGACACGGGUUUGAAUAAGCUCCGGCUCCAAUUGGCAGUGAUUGAAACAUGACACCCGGGUGAACACGUUAAUUUGACAAGACAGCGAGGUGAGAGAGCGCCUCGGUUUCCCAAAGUAAAUGUUGGUCUAAAAGAAGUAUUACUGAGAGGUGGCCUCCGUAUGCAAGUCAGCACACCUUCAGUUUGCUUUCAGGUUUAGUUUUGUGCUGUGAGCAUUGGUUAACACUAAUUUGAUCCUGCUGUAAAUACUGUUAGCUUAGUUUAUGUGGGUUUGAUUGGCAGAGAGAGUCCAACAGGGCACGGAUACGGAGCACACACACACCGCUCUACAUUUCACCCGUACCAGCUUCCUGACACAUACCUGCAUCACCACGUGCACGGUGCACGCUCAACAGCAGUGUUGUCUCAGUCUACCGCCCUGGCCGUGAUCCACAGCCAGCUUUCAGCCCCAGCAGACAGAGAGCUGUUGGCGUGCGUCAGGAAAGGCUCGAACAGAGAGAGGAGUAGAGGGUGCGUCAGGGGAGUCAAGUGUCCUCUGUCUGUGGUUGUUAGGAUAAAGAGCAGCACUUAAAUCCCACUAUCAGCUCAGUGCAGGUGUGUGGUUUAAAAUAGAUGGUCGGAUAACUCGUGACUUAAACGAUCUCUGCUGGCAAACUGUAGGAACUGCACUACAUUGAGUCCCCUGCACGUAGCUCCUGACAGCUCUAAUGACUUCAAAUACACCAAGUGCAAGAGAAUUCAUUUGAGGAUGUCGCUCUGCAAAUUCUCCUCCCAUGAGGAUUUGACAGCAAUCUGGAAGUGUAGCUGUUGGAUGUCAGAAAGUCUGACUUUAAAAAUCUGUUUUAUCAGUAGAUAUUACUGUGUAAAUACUAGGGUUGUCAAAAAAACAAAUCUACAUUUUAAUCUAAUUAUAGAAAAAUAAUACAUCAAAAAGAUUACUUAAAUCAGACUCACUCUGUGAUGCUGUUGUGAUGUCAUCUUCCUGUGUCUGGUCCGUCGGUGCUCUUGCUCUCGACUGGUGACAAACUAUCGAUUCCCCCCCCCCCCCAGUAGAAAAGAUCAUUAAAUUCCUUCCAGUCACAAAUGUCUGACGAGGACAGUUCAGACGAGGACUCAAUUGAUGGUCUCAUGUUGGAAAAAACAAAGCACAGAAAAAAGGCCAAAGCAGUUCACGUAGAUGAGAUUUUUGCAAAGAAAGACCAAAUUAAACACAAAGCACAACAACAGCACAUAACCUUACGUUUACAUUUUGUAUAUUUAUUAUUCCAUACACUGCUUAACUCAGCAAAUACUGACAUGUGCGAUUAUUUUAGAUUAAUUAAGUACAAAGCAUAUCAAUUAAUCAGAUGUUUUUUCUUGACAGCCCUAGUAAAUACACUAUUUAACCAAAUCAUUGUAGAACCAAUGCUACCAUGGAAAUGGGGCAGGAUGUCCAUGCAGUUAUCUGGUUAGCCAAGUAGACGUUCUAAAAGUUAGCUAUACUUGCCAAAUCAGCUAAACUCCCCAACAGCUGUCUAGAUACGAUGGUCAACAGCUUUCCAAACAUCCUGUCAUGUAUGAUAAUGAAUGACUAGAAUAAGACAGCACCCUCAACCUCAUCUACUGAUUUACAGUUUCAUUUGUUGACAAGGGCAACACCAGGAUGCUUUUAUGCCAUCAAAUAGCAGCUGGUUCACAGGUUUGGGAUGGUGAGAACGUUUCCUCUUUCCUUCCCAGUCCUAAACCUGAACCUCUGUUCUUGCUCUAUGGUGAGUGGAUACGUUCUCCUGUUAGAAGUGUGGAACUGACCGAUAGUCACAGCUUAAAUUGUCAGAAUCAGUCCCAGCGAGUUCAAGAGUAAUACUGAAGAGAAGUCAUUGAAAACCCAAAAAAUAUUUUAGACUUUUAAAUUUGGUACAUGUCCCAUCCACUAAUAUCGAGGCAGCAUUGUUUACCUAUAAUGCAGCCAGCCAUCAGCUGACCAUCGAGACAUUGGCUUCACUUUGGGAGCUGUCAUGGCGUCCAUCUUUACCCCGGCAGCUGUGGCUAAGGGGUAGAGUGGUCGUCCUCCAACCUGAAGGCCGGCGGUUCGAUCUCCAGUCUGACCCAUCUGCAUGCCGAAGUGUCCUUGGGCAAGAUGCUGAACCCCGAAUGGCCCCCCCAUAGAAUAACAAAGUGCUGCGAAUAGAUGCACUGUAUGAAUGUGUGUCUGAAUGGGUGAAUCUAAAACUGUACUGUAAAGCGCUUUGAGUGGUCAUCAAGACUAGACAAGCGCUAUAUAAAUACAAAACCAUUUACCAUUACACUGAAACAAAUUCAUUACGUGGGGCUGCAGAGGGCGCUGUGGCUCAGUUAAAGUUACAUAGUGCUGCUUGAAUUUCCUUUUUCGCGAACGUUAUCCCGACGUGGUUUGCUCCUUGGCCCCCACUCCUUGAGGUUGGUCACCACCAGAGAGAUAUUUUCUACGACCACAUAGAGCGUUUACCGGCUGCACCUCGUGUCGCCCCCCCUUUGCUGUAUAGUUCCUGUGUAAUACCGACUGACCCACGACAUGCAGGAAACACACAAAUACACCCGGGGCGAUAAGCAGUUAGAGUGUGAGACAAUCGAAAAUUUUGAUCGUAGUUGUAACUUUUUUUAGUAACAUUUUGAUAAUUGAAUCUGAAAAAAAACAUGCGCAAAUACAAUAAUAUGUGUGUGUGAUAAGGUAAAGUGUCUUGUCUGUUUAUAGCAUAGAAACAGAUGUAUGGACCUUUAGGAUCCUUGCAAUACCUUAUUAGUUGGAUUAGGUGAAUACAGUAAAUGUAAGAAUAGUGAAGAUUCAGUUACUCAUCAUGCUUACGAUAAUCACAACAAAGCGGUAGAAGGAGGGAGACGACUGAAAGAGACAGAGCUUUGUUCCUUGUUUUCAGCUUUUUUCCAACUUGGAUCAUUCGGUGCCUUGAGGUCAAACAGAUAAACUGGGCGUGUCUAAAGACUGUUGUGUCACAUUCAACGUAGGCAUCACCACAUGCAAUUUUUAAAUCGGCUGUUUUAAUAUUUCAGUCAAAAAACUAGUCUUUUGACCACCUCCCUAAGAGUCUAUUCCAGGUUUGUUCCUUGUUUGAAUUUGUACAUUUCAUUCAGCACAUGACAAUUGUAUUUUUUCAGGAGUUGUUCAAGCAGAGAUAAAGGUGAUACACUAACUGAACAUGCACUGGGAUGUUUUAUGUUUUUAUUUCCUGUCAGUAUUCAAGAAGCGUGUUCUUUCAGUUUGAGAGCAGGACCUAUUGAUUUCACGUUCAGAUUUUGUAAUGCUGUCACUCAAAACCCUUCGCUUGCACUCAAAACUGAUUUCCUGAACUCCAGCUUUCUUUUGUGCAACAAGUCCAAUUUCCCCAACCCAUAGAAUGCCAAGUGUAGUGAUGACAAAUCAAUGUGGGUGUGUUAACUUUACUAUAACACUCCCGCACUCCACUGCCUUGUUACCUCAGCUUCCUGUGGUAAGGGUUAAACCUUUGGGUGUGCGUGAAGCAAACACAACACCUUCAUGGGGAAGAAGUCCAGCAGAUUUUUAGGGUAUGGGAACACUGUGGCUUGCACUUAUUAAACAAAAUAAAUGCAGCCCUGUCUCUUUCCAUCGAUUCAGAUAUCAAUUUUGUAGUUAAUUAAAAAAAGUCAACAAUAGAGGCGAGAUACUUGAGUGUACAGCUCCUGCCAGACUCCUGCUCCAUGAAGGUGAAACACACAAAAGCAGCAUGAGCGCUUGUAUAAUCUGUUCAAGCGACAAUCACACGAUUUGAAAAGAAGCACACGCAGGGGCUAUCUGACUGCACGUGCAGGGUUUUGAGUUAAAGCGUUAUAAAAUAUGAAAUCACUAAAUCCUGCUCCCACACGGAAACGACCAGCUCUUAAAUAAAGACAGGGGACAAAAACCCGAUGUUUGAGGUAACGCUGUUUGAAGCAGCUCGUGUAGACGGUUUUAGCUGUUUUGUAUAAAACGUCAUGCCUUUUUUGUACAUUUUGUGUUGUCUUAUUUAUUCUUGAGGUUUUUUUAAUGCUACAAAGUGAAAAUAACUUGGGCUUGAAUUUUUUUUAGUGGGGUUGGGGGUUGAUGUCAUCUGCGGGUGGGUUAUUUUCUUAUGUUUCACUGACCUGAUCUUCAAUAGUUACAAAAGAAAAGUCUAUCAGAUUUUUGCUGAAUUUGUUAGAUUUUAGUUCACAUAAAUGCUGUUGAACAGAUGCCAACCCAAAAAUAGUUUAGAGUUUUCCUUUCAAAGUACAAAUGUAUUAGCAUUAGGUCAGUUUUAUAAACCUAGUACGGUUUACUGGAUUCACGCUGAAUUGAUCCACAUGGACACUAUUCUUUGGAGGGCUUCUGAUGUACUAUAGUGUGUUUUCACAUGGUAUUUGAUGUGUAAAAGUCUAAACAACAGUGCUCUUUUAUUACUCUUUCCAAAAAAAACAAACAUCUUUAUCUGAUGCUGGAGUUCUUUUUCUGAUGUUCACCUGAUGUCAUAUUUGAAUGCAAAAAAACAAUGCGACAUGAAUUAAAGGCCUCGGAUAAAACUGCUUCAACAAACACUGUGUGAACAAAACACAUCUUCAUCAAUGUGACUAUUUCAUUUUUUUUCUCCCUUUUUUUACUUAUUGUAUAUGAAUGUCGCUGUUCUACAAAAAUAAAAACUUUGUUCUUUGGUUUGAAAUAA